AUGGCCACCGCCGACGAAUCCUACGAUGCGACAGGCACUACACCCAACACGUUGGACGAACUGCAAUCGCUCGUCGCCUCGUCCCAGUUCGAACUCGCUCUUGCGCUCUCCCUCCGCCUCCAACUCGAACCGUCCUACACGUCCUACCUCGCCCAACGCGUGUACCUGAACCUCACACGCGAUGGCGCAACCCCAAGCCUCGACGACCUCGAGCGGCUGUACCCUUUGAUCGUCGACGAUGAAUGGCUCGCCAUCGCCGCGUGCCAUGUCCUACGUAGCAGCUCGUCCGUACCUACGAUGCCGGCGUUACCCUCCACCAAGCUCGCGUUGUAUGCGCUGGAAAAAGGUCUCGAGGCUUCGGACGUGUUGGCCUACCUCCGACCCGAACUGGGCGAACUGAUCGAGGAGGCCGACUGGGAACGACUCGAGCAACUCGUGCACAAGGACCAGUCCGUCAAGAAGGCCGUCUUGGUCAGGAAAGCCCUGUUGGAGAUGGGAGAUCGUAAAAAUACCUAUCAACAGAUUUGGGGGGCCGAGGAGCAGCAGGCCGCCGUCGCUCGAGAGGCCGGAGCCGAGGUCGGCGAUGAGCACGAUGACGAGUGGCGAGGGCUCGACAUGGAGCAGGACGAUGACGCCGCGGAUUUCAAGAAGCCAUUCAAGCACACCAUCACUCCUACCAUCACUCUCCCCCUGUUCCUCUCCCAAGCUCUGCUCGACACGGCGCUCUUUCUCGCGGCUUCGUCCCAACUCGACGCGCUCAAGGCCGUCGUUGCUCACCAUGGUCCACAGCUGUGGCCGCAUCGCUUUACCAUCCUCGGCGCCAUACCGGAGUGGCAGGAACCGUCCUCGUAUGCCGAACUACUCCCUUCACUCGGCAGGGACCUCGUCGAGACCAAGUGGACGAGCAAACCGUGGAGGGAAGAGCAGGACUGGGUCGAACACUUUUCACUCCGAGAGGACGACGACGAAAGUGAAGGAGAGCAAGCCGCCUUUAAGCGCGAAGAUCUGCCCCUUUCCGCAGAUGGACUGGCAGAGUACUACAUCAAACGCAUCGAGCACGUCGCCUCGCUCGGAUUGGUCUCGACCGCGCUCUCGCUCGUGCAACACUGCGCUGCUAGUCUCAACAUCUCGCGCUUGGAAGAGCUCGGUGAAGAGUUGUCCUUGCUCAGUCGACUCGUCUACGAUCGCCCUGAUCGACCCAGACAUGCUUCAACAUCCCGUUCGACGCUCGAUGACCUUGAAGAGACCUUUAACUUGACCCAUUGGCGCUCCUUGGACCCUCCGGCGAUCGUCGAAGCGUACCUCUCGACAUCGACCCCUGCCAACAUCGCGACCUCGAUCCGUCGACUGGUCCUGCCCUACCUCUCCGUCCUCGAAGCACGUCUCGAGCGACUUGGACACGCCGACGCGACGCUCUCGUCUCGACUCCUCAUCGACUACCUCUUGGGUCUGGCAGCAUCGACACCCCCUCAACUAGCCUUGCUCGUCGCCGUCAUUGAGGCGAGCAAGCCGACGCUCUCUUCCGUGACGCGACUGAUCAAGUCGGACGAGGACCUCGCCCGACUUGCCCUGGCUAGCAUUUAUGGCUGUCGAGACUCGUCAGCCGAGGCGCUCGUUUGGUUCGGCAAGGUUUUCGAGUGCCUCCCCGCCUUCAACGACGCCUCCAACGACGAUGAAGCGACUCCUACAAGCGACCCAAGAAUAACGCUCUACUCGCUCGUCUCCUCCUCCUCCACCUCAGCCACGCCGACCCCUAAAACUCUCUACACGCACCUGCUCCCCUUUGCCGCCUCCCGUCUCUCCGCCUCCCUCGACCUCCUCGAUCUCCACCUAGCCCAAGCCGAAGUAUUUUCGCGCUACUCGUGCGCCGUCCCCCUCUCAUGGUUCCUCACCUCCCACAAUGAUCUCAAAGCCCAAAAAGCCUGGGCGACUCGAUUGGCUCGGACGGCGAGUACAGGUGGGGGAGGCAAGAAGGGUGAGGAAGGCGAAUUUGAGAGUGAGGAUGAAUGGAUCGCUUUGAUGGAGGAUAUGGUUGGGUUCACGCAGGGGAGGGAGGAACAGGGGGAUGGGUUGCGGAAGGCGUUUGGGUUGUUGAGUGAGGAGGAUGUGCUGAGGAUUUUCUUCGGAGGUUUGAUCGCGGCGGGUAGUGAGUGGUUCGAGUGAUGACAUUCUACGUGAUGUGUGCUGACUCCUCCUCCUCUCCAUACUCGACCAGGGAUCGCGCUGGCAAAAAGCUUGCUCCAGCCUAGCUCUCGAAGUGCACCCCUUGAACCCAAAGCGAUCGAGGAGUUGGUCAUUGCCGCCUCUCGCGAAUUCUACGACAAUGCACCUUCGGGUAACCUCAACAAGGGUGAAAUGAAAAUGGCUUUCGACUGGCGAGUCGCGCUUUUCAUGCUUCAUAUUGUGUUGCUUCACCGACUAAAGGUUAAAUCUCCUUCCCGCAGUUUAUCGGCCGCCCCUCAAACCCCUCUGAUCCGCCAAGAGCGCGACUUCAUCGAAGCGACCUCGCGCCUCUGUUCCUACAAGAUACAAUCCCACCCUGGAAUAUCCGUCGCCCCCAUCGAGAUACGUCUAUCCAAGGACCGGCUCGAAUUCGUCUCCCGUCUCCUAGGCGCGAACGAAGAUGCAUAUCGACAUCCGGAAGUGAUUUUGGAUCUGGUCGCUAAAUUGGGGUAUCAUCAGGAUCGGUUGGCAAUGGUGAAGACGAUGGCGAUGAUUGCGGAUUCGUCGCUGCAGGCGGGGGACUUUGAAAAGACCGUCGAGGUGUGCGAUAGAAUGGUAGCCAAGGUCGAGGAGAUACGGAGAGAGUCAGCCUUGACUGCUUCGGUGGUUGAAGUGGAUCUGACGAAGCAGAAGAGACCCGUCGGAGACGAAGCCGCCGAAUACGCCUGGCGGGAAUGUUUCCAACUAGGCAAACACGACCUCUUCCAAGACCUCGAUCGGCGACUCGUCGCCUUGGGCCAAGCACUCCUCCUUUGUCCCGGUGACAAAAUCGUCAACGUCCUCCCCGUAUGGACCGCCUUGGAGCAACGUGUUUCAGAACGACCUGCGCAAUUCUCGUCUCGUAAAGCAGGGGGAAGUCGAUCCGGUCGUGCGGUCACUGAAGCGACCAAGAUGGUGGAAGCGGGUGUUGGAGCCGCUUUAUCGAGUGGUGUGAAAGCGAAGGAAACGCUCUCGAGGGCAGCGGCGUUCUUUUCGGGUCAGUCACAGGCUCAGGCGCCUCAAAAGGCAUUGCAUCAACAACAUUCGUCGGGUUCGAUGCAUCCUCAUCAGCAAGGGAGAGAGAAGACUGCUGAUCGACGAUCAAGUAUCUACGGACUCGAUCAAAUCGCACCUGAUUCAACCAACCCCAACCCCGCCACCUCUCGCGUACCCCCUUCGCCAAGACGGACUCCCCUUUCACCACCCAAAACCCGAGGUGGUACUGGCGGAGCGGCAGGUCAGCCUCAAGGAGGGUUCCGUGCGGGUCUUUCGGGUAUGGCUGCUGCGGGUGUGGGGUGGCUUAUUGGGGCGGAUGAGGAGAGGGAGAGGGUGCAUCAGCUGCAGGUCGAACGGGAACAGCAGGGACAGGGUGAGGAAGAGGAGGAGGAGGACUCUUGGUAG